AUGGGUGACACGGGCAUUGCGGGUGAGGUCGCUGCGGACGCAGUUUGGCCCAAGGAGCAAGCCACUUCCUCUGGUGCCCCCCUCUCCGGUGCCCCCAUGGCCUGCAUUUGUGAUCUAGCCUGGUUCAACGUCAUGGCUGGUGACAGCUCACACCUCUAG